UAUGUCAAAUAACAAAAUAUCUGUUAAAUUUGGAGCCAUUAAAGUUCAUCCUGGCGUUCUUUCACCAACAGAAAACGCUAAAACUUAUGUUGUUACAAGUGAAACAACUUGUAAUGAAUUAGUUAUAGCCGUUCUUAAUAACUAUUCAAUAGUUACAACUGAAGAAGAUUUAUUUUCAUUAGUAAACAAUGAAACAGAAGAUGAAGUAGAUUCGGAUUGUAAGCCUUUACAGUUAGUUAGUAAUACUACUAUAAAACCCAUGUUAGUACUAAAUAUAGCUUUUACCUGUAGAUACAAGAUACGAAUGAAAUCCUUCGCAGGAUUAGUAUCUGUCAGGGAUGGACUUGACCAAUCGAAAGCCACAAAACCUAUAACAAUCUUUAUAAACCGACAAACAACUGCUGACAAGAUAUUAAGAACUUUUAUAAAAUCAACCAAAUACGAUAAUGAACGUUUAGAAUGCUAUUGUUUAUAUCGUAUUCAUGCCUAUACCAGAGAAUCAAAACGUGUUCGCUUAUCGGAUAAACUAUUAUCUUGUGAGCCGGAUUUAAGGGAAUAUUAUUUAGAAGUUCGAUCCAACGAAAGAUUGGUUAGAUCAGUCAGCUUGGACGAUCUACAUGUUUCCGUCUAUCCGACUAAGGAGUUAAAAUUGCCGAAAAAACCUAUUACAGAAGAUAAUACCACUUCGUCUGAACGUACAAUGGCAAAAUUAAAAGAUUCUUUGAGUAAAUUAAGGUCACACUUGGAUAAAUUACACAAAAGAGAGGAAGUGAACGUAGUCCAAAGACAAUAUCAAUUCGAUUACAAAAGAGAGGGUGAUGAUCUUAAGGAUGAAUCAGAUAGUUCUUUAAAUGAAAAAGCGGGCUAUGUAGCAGACGAUCAAAGUGAUUCAUCAGAAGCCAAUUCCAGACCUCCUACUGAUAGUGCAUAUGCUAGCGAUAGGUCUAGAAAAAAGACUCAACCUUCGGAAAGAAGGACUUUCUCUUCAAUGCAACGUGAAAGAUUACAGUUUAUGCAACAGCAAAAUAGUCGAUUGUAUUCAGCAAUUUCGGACGAACAUCUUAAUGAAUUUGAUCCGAGGCCUAUACCUAGAUCUCAAAGCUUUACAAUAAAAUCCUCAUCAAGGUCAUCAUCAGCCAGGAAAAGUAAGAGAACGCUGCCAAAACUGCCACUUAACAAUCCAAGUGAUUUAGAGGAGAGAAAGAAACGAAUGUCUAACGAAGCUCUUAAUAAGGUCGGAUUAUCUGAUGAUGAGGGACUUUGUAGAUAUGCGAGUUUAGAUUGUUUGUAUAAGAGAGAAACGUCCCAAGACUCUCUUCAGCGAAUUAUCAAUGACUUAAAAAAUGGAUCAGAACCGCUAAGGCCUAUUGCUCGUAAAGCUGACGAUAUUUGUAAAGUCGAUUUGGACCAUCCUAGUUUAUUUCAUCUCCUGCAGACUUGUGAUUUGAUUACUUUAGUUUUACGAAGCGAUAGUGGGAGUUUUGGUUUAAAAUUAUUUGAGUCGUCCUGGUCGACAAAAAAGUGCGCUGUUUACCGAUCUCCAACGGGUAGAAAGCCAAUAUUAGGAGGAAGAAAGAGUGCUUUCCUUCCGGUCAGUGAUAAAAAUCACUUUUCUGUCAUAGCUGUUGACAGAAUCGAAGAGGGAAGUCCGGCUGAAAGGGCUGGUAUACUUGAAGGUAGCUAUAUCAUUGAAGCUAAUGGAACUUAUGUAGUCAACUAUAAUCUUGAGGAAGUUCUGAAUGAGUUUGAAGAUUCGGAUAGUGUAGAGCUAGUGAUUGCUAGGCCAAAAGAACGCCUUGAUCAGUCAAACGUCCAUUCAGCUUGGCCUUCAAAUGAAGAAAUGGAAAGAGAAUACGAAAAACUUAAACUGAAAUAUUCAGCAUUACAAGAUGAAUGCGAAAGAUCAAUUGAUCAAUUAGCCGAGCUAAAAUUACAAUUAAAACAGAAGGAUGAAAGAUUAAGGCAUUACGUGCAUGAAACUAGAAGGAAAGAGGCAGAAUUGAAAAAGAUGGAAAAACUAACUAGAUCACAAGACGAAAGAAUUGGUCACUUAAAAAUAGAUAUUCAACAACGAUUAAGAGAAUCGGCUUAUGCAGCUCGAGAAUUAAAACAAAAAGAAUUAAGAAUUAUUGAACUAAGAAAGACGCUUCUGAAUAAAUCAGAUUUUGAAUCAGAAACUGAAGAUGUUUCUGCUGUUUAA